UCACUACGCAAAAGUCCCCAAAUUUCCUUUCCCCAAUUUCUCACAAAAGCCCUAAUUUUUUUUGUCAAAUUAAUUUCAAUUGCUAUUUUACCCAAUGGAACUCUCUUUAAUUUGCGAUGCCGUAGCGGUAGCCACUUCCCAAGGACUAGGAUUUGCGAAAUUAGUCCUCGAUCGUCACCAUUACUUGACUGCCAACAGUUGCUUUUACCUCUCCUCCGAUUCAUCCGCCGGUAAUAUGGGAAUAUUCCAUGUAACCGCCGGAAUAGUCCCCAUCGACGCCGUCGCGCCUCCUCCCGUAAAGCCCAACUCCUAUAAGACAUUGCCUCGAAUUCUCCUCCGAAGAAGGCGCCACACAAAGCGGAAGUUGUUCACUGGCGACGAUUCCAACGACGGCGAAGAACACGGAUUCUUUUUUGGUAGUGACGGCGGCGACGGAUAUGGUAAUUUCGGCGGCGGGAAUGGCGGAGGGAGUGGUUGGAAUUUUGGCGGGUUUGGAGAGAAGAAUUGGGAUGAAUCUCCGUCUCCGUGGACGGGUACAGCUCUAGAUUUUUUGUACGAGGUGAUUUCAUGGAUCGCUUUGUCGAAUUGUGUUCAUUUCGCUUUUAAGAAGAUGGUUAGAAUUGUGGCGAACGGAAUCGAUGAAGCCGAUGAUAGAGAGAAGGUUCCGAUGUGACUCACUUCAGUUUGAUGAUUUGAAGACCGAUGGGAAUGUGUCGAAUAUGGGUGUUGGAUAUGACUAGUUUGAGAAAAAUGAGUCAUGGGAAAAAGUUUCUGAAGAUGUUCUGCAGGCUAUGAAGCAAAUGUCGAGUUUUUGGGUUCAUAAUGGUGAAUUGAAGAUCUAAUCUCCCUGUUCCUUGAUAAGUCAAUGUUCAUACUUUUGAAACCUUUUUGAGGUGAUAUGAUUUGUUCCGAAUUAAAGAUA